GAUCCAUCAAGUCCAUCAAGGGCCUUCGAGUUGAUGGAUAUGCUGUGCCCUCUAAAUGUUCUCCAAAGGACCUGUACUCGCUCUAGUACUUCUCGUUCGUUCGAGUUCAGGGUACAGACAGCCUUACGAAUACCUUGAAGCUCUCGAUGUCUUUGGAGCUGCAUUUUCCAACCCAGCAGGGGUUUUUAACGGAUCAACUCCUUCCCCACUCUCUUCAGACGUAGUUGGUCGCAUCGAUGUUAUCACGACAUUUGUUGGUCAGGAUCUCAACGCUGAAUUCCUCUUCGGUCUUUUUUACCAAGACACACUGUUGGAUACUACAACACAGCUGAUUGGAAUUCCUUCUGGCAUGACGAUACAAUCUGCCGUCGUCGAGCCUCCAGUUGUCGCCGUCAGCUAUAUCAGCGAUAUGGCCUUCCCCACAGUCAACCUGAGCAUCCCUCUCCAGAUCGAUAUGUUCAUGGCCUUCGACGAUGAUAGCAUGAAGGUUGUCUCGUAUGACGCCAUUCUUCGUCGAAUAGACGAACUUAUGGCCUAUACCGCCCCGUACUUGGCGCCUCAAAUCGCGGAGGAAUUGAACAGUACAUCUACGAACGUCACCGAACUGAUACAACUCAAGACUGCCGCCGAUGUUUGUGCGGUCUCGAGUCUAUAUUGCACUGGAGAAUUUCAGCAAUAUGAUUCACAGGACGCUUGCUUGACGUUCAUGGAAGCGUUACCUUUCGGCGAAUCAUGGCAAGGAGGAAUGAACACUGGCUGGUGUCGGUACAUCCACAAGAAUCUGGUGCAGUUCCGGCCUGACGUUCACUGUCCUCACAUCGGUCCAACUGGGGGCGAUAUGUGUAGAGAUCGUAACUACCUAGAAGUCACAAGUACUGUUCCCUUCAACCAAACCCUGCUUUCGUACAAUUCCAGCUACAAUGCUGCUGAUAUGAAAGGCAUAUCGGAAAACGGUGUUCAGCAACUGGUCAAAGUCCAGACUCAAGCAAUCACAAUGACUACUGUCGCCUUUUACCCUGUUCCCACAGUUCUUUACACGCUCGUCUUGUACAUGAUGGCGAAAUUCACCGAAUUCAUACUGAGCCGGUUCUCCGUUCAAUAUGAUGAAAUGUCGUUUGAGAACAAGCGAAAUACCGUCACCUAUGUCCUCGACACAUUCGUCACUUUUGCCGUUCUUAUCCUCCAACUCGUCGCCUCCCCAAUCCUCGCGAGCAAGUUCACAUUCGACAAUGUAAACAUGCUCAAAGCAGGUACACUAUUGAUAUCGGGGUUAUACAUCUUCGAACUCACUUAUCGCCCGUCUAUGCGAUGGCCGUUGCUUAUCCACCAUUUUUGCACGAUCUUUGCAAUUGUGUUGUUGCUAAGCGUGUUGGCAUACACUGGUCAUCCGCAGAUUGUUGCGGCGGGUGAAAUAUGGCUGUUUCAGGCUACGACGGAGCAGAGUGUUUUCAUAGGCUUGUUCAUGUACCGCCUGCGUUUCCCUCUCCGAUGGACUCGAGAUAUGCUCCGAUUCGGCGCCGUCCAAUCAUUCAUCUUCAAGCUUGCCUUUGCGGCUUAUCUUCUUGCAUUCUGGGCUCAAAAGCUCGCGCAAUUCCACACCUCAUCCAAGGAUAUCGCGCUGUCCGUAAUGCUUGUCACCAUUAUCGUGCUCCUGAUGUGUACUCAAAUCUACGGUGCAUGGGCUGUCUGGUGUCUCUCCGAAAAAGUCAACAAAUCAAUGCAAUUUUUACGGCAACGGCAGCGCGCGGAUUCGAAUGUGACUGUCAAUGCAGUGUCGCCCGCGGACGAGAAGGGUAAAUCCGUGGACGAGGAGGAAGUUUAAGUCGUUGAAGACGACCCUUUCACACUCCCUCCACCGCUUUUUUAUAUCUAAUCCGGCACACUCAUCCAAUUUACAUCCUUUCCUCGGUCUGGUACUUAUUCGAGGAGCCCCGCGUGACGAUUAUACGCACAAACUCGCAA